AAAAGUUCUUGAAAACAUCUUUAAAUAAUUCUAAAAUACUUUAAUUAAAUAUAGUUAUUCUAAUGCUUGACAACAUAUAACCACUAAUGCUUUCUGUUGGAUUCAGGUGAGAAAUGUUUCGAUGUUGCUGCACCACGAGCGUUAUAUGUUGGCACGUUGGUUUUCCGGCGAUGCUCAAUCCUCUCUCAAUAGGAGGCCCGAUGUGUGGAAAACUCAGCUCCCUGAGUCUUCAACAAGAAGCAGUGUCUUUGAGCCGGUCGUCGACUUUACUAAGAGAAACAUCUCCAUGGCUAGCUAGUAUCAGAAGGGGUUCCAUCACCGGGUCUGGGUUCACCGGAGAGAUUUCACCAAGGUCAAAGGUGUUGUCAAGGAGAUGCUAUGCGUCAGCCUCAGGUGCAAUUGGCGCGUCCCCAAUGUCGUUUCGAUCUUUCCUCUUCCUCGCGCGCUUCACCAAACCGUACCACCGUCCUCAUCUGUCCAUGCGCCGUUCCCCACUCUCAUCUCUUCACGCGCCAUCCUGUUCUCCCCAUAUCGAUGAGCGCCUCGUCCUCGACCAAAUUUCCCACCUUUUUCCCAUUCCCUCUUCCAAAUCCCAAAACCCCGUUUCGAAACCCCUCGAAACGCCGCAACCAGAUGCGCAACCGGUGGAUGCGUUUUUGCCCGCCCAAGACAAACUGCGCGGAGUCUUCCUCCAGAAGCUAAAGGGCAAGGCUGCAAUUGAAACUGCUUUGUCCAAUGUUGGUGCUGACGUGGACGUUAGCGUUCUCGGUAAAGUACUCAACAAUGGGAACCUCAGUGGUGAAUCUAUGGUCAGGUUUUUCAACUGGGCAAUUAAACAACCAGGGGUACCCAAUGAUGUUGGUAGUUACCGUGUGAUUGUUAAGGCACUGGGAAGAAGAAAGUUUUUUGUGUUUAUGAUGGGUGUGUUGUGUGACAUGAGAAAACGUGGCAUUGAUGGUGAUUUGUUGAUGUUGUCUAUUGUUAUUGAUAGUUUUGUUAGGGCUGGUCAUGUGUCUAGGGCAAUUCAGAUCUUUGGGAGCUUGGAUGAUCUUGGGGUACGGCGUGACACCGAGGCUUUGAACGUGCUUUUGUCGUGUCUUUGUCAUCGUUCUCAUGUUGGUGCUGCCAAUUCUGUGUUGAAUUCGGUGAAGGGGAAGGUGUGUUUUGAUGUUGGUACAUACAAUGUGGUUGCUGGUGGGUGGUCUAAGAUUGGUAAGGUGGGUGAGGUUGAGAGGAUUAUGAGGGAAAUGGACACUGAUGGGGUUGCACCCGAUUGUAGGACGUUUGGAUUCCUUAUGGAGAGCUUGGGGAGGGUAGGUAGAAUGGAUGAAGCUGUUAAAGUUUUUUGUGCUAUGAAGGAGAAGAAUUGCCAACCAGAUACUGCUGCUUAUAAUGCAAUGAUUUUCAAUUUUUUGUCUGUUUGGGAUUUUGAGGAGUGCAUGAAGUAUUAUAAUAGGAUGUUGAGUGAUAACUGUGAACCUGAUCUUGAUACGUUUGAUAGAAUAAUUACUGCGUUUCUUAGAGUGAGGAAAGUGGCUGAUGCGCUUCAGAUGUUCGAUGAGAUGUUGAAGCGAGGUGUGGUGCCGUCUAUUGGGACCAUAACAACCUUUAUCAAACGAUUGUGCAGCUAUGGUCCACCUUAUGCUGCUUUGGUGAUAUACAAGAAGGCAAGAAAAUCAGGGUGUGUGAUAUCAAUGGAAGCUUAUAAGAUACUGCUUAUGCGGCUUUCUGAGGUAGGAAAAUGUGGAACAUUGUUGAGCAUAUGGAAGGAGAUGCAAGAAUGUGGGUACAGUUCAGAUUUGGAAGUUUAUGAGUAUAUCAUCAGUGGUCUUUGCAAUGUUGGACAACUAGAAAAUGCUGUUCUUGUUAUGGAGGAGGCUUUGGGCAAAAGGUUUUGCCCAAGGAGGCUAGUAUAUAGUAAACUGAGCAACAGGCUGCUUGCUACAAAGAAAACAGAGAUGGCUUACAAGCUGUUUCUGAAGAUCAAACAUACCCGUUCCCUUGAAAACGCAAGAAAAUAUUGGCGUGGUAAUGGUUGGCACUUUUGAACCAGAGGCAAAGGUUUCCAAACCAAGUGCCAACUCAUCUGGAGAUCGCCUAUUUGCUAGUCCUCUUGCUAGAAGUUGGCUGAAGAGAAAAAUGUCAGUCAUCAAUAACAAAUUAUACGGUUGAAGAUCUUUCAGAAUAGACAUAGAUAAUCUAUUUCCAUCACUGAUGUAGGUACCACUCUCUAGCAUUAAAGGAACAGGAAAUGAAGGAUUCAUUGUGAAGGCUGAUAUUGGAGAUUUCUUAGCUUCUGAUGCAGCUUCUAGUCAAGUUUCCGCACCCUCAAAGGCCAAGGGUGCAACAGAUGCAGCUCUGGAUUAUAUCAACAUUCCUGUCUCUCAGACACGGAAGAUACAAGCGUGAAUGGUUUUACAUAUGCCUAACAUAACUAGACUAAAUGAGAUGCCAUGCACUUGAUUCGUCGACACCACUCGCAUUCUCCACUGCCACGUCAACAUGGCCCGUGCUGCGUCUUCUCCGCCCGCUCUUUCCAUCGGAGACGACUACCGCAAAGAGGAGAGCAAGUGCGCUUACCUUGUGGUAGCUCUCUGCCCUUGUCUCGUUUACUUCAUGCUUCUCCUAAUUGCACUUUUCAUCAUUCUCGUUGUCAAAUUUCACUUCUUUUACCACACCCCUCUCCACUCCUUGCUUUUCAAAAAAAAGCUACUGAUUGCCCGUCUAGGCUCUUUUUCCGCCUUACCCCUUUCCCUUUUUCAUCAUGAAAAGUUUCAGUUUUUCAACAAUGGUAGGACAUUUUCUAGUGAUGCUGAUUCUGGGCUUGAGGAAGAUUAUGAUGGUAGAGGUGUCAGUGGUGAAUCUUGUGUAGAUCUUGAUGAGGUUCAUAGGGUAUGCAAGGUGAUUGACGAAUUGUUUGCGUUAGAUAGGAACAUGGAGGCGGUUCUUGAUGAAUGCGGGGAAGAGACCUGAGCGGGUUUGCUCAUGAUUCCAGAACUUAUAACUGAAUGAUGAGUGUUUGAGACAAUGGUGGCAUUGCUUGAGGAAAUGGGUGAGAAGGGUCUUUUGAUAAUGGAGACUUUCUCCAUUGCUAUUAAAGCCUUUGCUGAAGCAAAGCAAAGGAGGAAUGUGGGGAUCUUCGAUCUGAUGAAGAAACAUGGGUUUAAAGUGGGUGUUGAUGUGAUUAAUUUCUUUAGAAAGUCUUGGCACUGCAAUAAAGAAGCGCAAGCUGUUUUUGAGAAAUUGAGAGAUAGAUUUACACCCAAUUUGCAAACUUACACCAUACUUCUUAGUGGUUGGUGCAGGUUUUUAAUAAUAUGUUAAUAUGUAUUAAAAUUUUAAAUUAGAAAUAUGAUUAAUUAUUAUUUUAUUC